UUUUAAUCAGAUUGAAAAUAUUAUUGCAUAAAAUAUCCGUGUUCGGUUCCGCUCCGUCUUCCGUUUCGUUUUAGCAAGAUCUUAAAUGGGCUUCCGUAUCUAAAUCUGUAAAGGCUCAAAACGAAAGUAGAUCUAUAUCUAGCUCAGCUCUUGAGUUCGGGGAACUGACAGCUAGAUACCUCGAUGGCGGGAUCGAAGAAGAAGUUCAUGGUAGUGGCCGCCAUCGACUUCGGUACGACUUACAGUGGAUACGCAUUUUCUUUUCUGAGUGACUUUAGGAAAGAUCCUCUCAAAGUGUACACUAACGAACAAUGGGAGAAUGGAGGGGACGGGACCUUUAAGACCCCCACGUCCAUUUUGUUUGACGAACACCAGCGAUUUCAUUCCUUUGGAUAUGCUGCCGAGAAAAAAUAUGCUUCGUUGGCGUCUGAAGAAGAGGAUGAUGAAAAUAGCGAAAGUGACGAUGACGAGCCAAAGGAAAGUCAUCGAAAUUGGUUUUAUUUCCGGAGAUUUAAAAUGACUUUGUUCAGGACAAUGUCACAAGGAGGUAGACCGAGGAGUAAAAAAAUCACAAAAGAUAUGCAGCUUACUGCUGAGAAUGGGAAUAAAAUGCCUGCAGUCAGAGUUUUCUCGGAAGCGAUACGCUUCUUGAAGGACCACUUAGACAAAACUUUAGCAAAGCGACUCGAGACCAAAGACGAAAGCGGGAAAUCCUCACAGCAAACCUCAUGGGCUGACGACAUUCGCUGGAUCCUCACCGUUCCUGCCAUCUGGUCAAACGAGGCCAAGCAGUUUAUGAGAGCAGCUGCUGAACAGGCCGGCAUUAAAGGUAACCAGUUAAUGUUGGCACUAGAACCGGAAGCAGCUGCCAUGUUUUGUAAGCAGAUGGCGCUUAGCAAAACUGAUGACUUAGAGGUCAACACUUACCAGCCAGGGAAAAAGUUUGUGGUGGUGGAUUGUGGGGGAGGGACAGUGGACGUGACAGCUCAUAAAGUGAUGACGGGCGGUUUUCUUCAGGAGCUGCACUGCGCCACAGGUGACGCCAUUGGGGGGACCAAUGUCGACAAAAUGUUCUUCAGCGCUUUGACUGACUGGCUUGGGACUGAGGUGAUGAAACAGUUUAAACAAGACAACGCCUCUGACAUGUUGGAACUAGAGAGAAGUUUUGAAUCCAAGAAGCGAGGAAUCGGUCGGGAUAACCAUGACGACAAUAUUACAUUUUCUAAUUUGGGAGAACUUUGUAAGAUUUAUAAAGAACAGACGGGUUUUUCUGUUAAAUCAAAGAUUUCUGAACUGGGCUUACAUAAAAAGGUAACAGUUUUUAAGGAAAACAAGAUUCGAUUUCAGUCUGGUUUCUUGCGGGAGCUGGUGUUUGACGGACCCAUCAACGCUAUAGUGAAUCAUUUGGAGAGGCUCUUUCUAAACCCGUCCGUGUCCGGUAUUGACACAAUUUUGUUAGUGGGAGGGUUUUCUGAUUGUCCCAUACUUCAACAAAGAGUCAGAGACUCUUUCCCCAAUAGAAUUAUCAUAAACCCACCAGAGGCCAAUCUGGCUGUGUUAAAAGGUGCGGUCAUCUUCGGGCACGAUCCCAAAUCUGUGUCCCAAAGACUGAGUCCGAAAUAUUACGGUAUUGCGGUCAACGUUCCAUUUGAAAGAGGAAAACAUCCGGAGAGUCACAAGAUGAACAUAGAUGGCAGUGAAGUGUGCACCGACGUUUUUAAAUGCCUGAUCGAGAAAAACGCGCCGCUGACUCGCAUAGAGAAGGUAUUCACUACCUCCACCGAGUAUGUUCGUCAGGGAAAUAUAGAAAUAUAUGAAGCGGACUCCCUUGUUUCGUAUUGCAACGGUUCCGGUUGUCGCAUGCUGGGCAAUGUCAUUGUUGAAAUUUCAGACUUAAUUGGCGAUCAAAAGCGAGAAAUCGACGUUAGUUUAGAAUUUGGAUCCACCGAGCUGUUCGUCGUAGCAAAGGAUAAAGUCACACAACAAACAGAGAAAGCCACGUUUGAAUGCCUGAAAAAAUAAAGACAGCUGUGAAUGUGAAACUGUUAUCAUAUAAUACUUGUACUGUGUGUAUGUGAAUGUUAUAUUUAUAAUAUGUUAUAUUUACAAGAUGUUGCCUUUAUAAGAUACCGAAAAUUGCAAAUAAAGUAAAAGCAUUUCAACGAAA